AUGUCGAAUUCACCUCCUCCAAUUCCAAAUCACAACGCCAACAACAAUACCAGCAGUGCUUGGGAAUCACUCGAACUUCACCAGCGUCGCUCUGUAGGAUUCCAAAAGCUAAAUUCAAAUGAUCCGUCACCCGCAGGAACACCUAUGCCAGAGAACGAAAGAUACUACUCCCCACCGCCAGGACAGCAGCCCUAUUACAAUGGGCCUCCUCCGCUAGGCCAGCCACCCUACGGUCAACCUUAUUACAACGGUCCUCCACCACCACAAGGACAGUAUUACGGCGGUCCAGUACCUCCCAUGAAUCAAGCCUAUCCAUUGAUCCAAGUCCAAGAAUCCCUCCCUUAUGGAUAUGAUAGACAUCCCUUGAUCCGCUUCUUCAUCGGUCCAGUGCAAACACCUUACUUCAGUUACAUUUCAGCGUUAGGUAUGACGGCAAUGCUGAUUUACGAAUUUGUGCGUAUGCAUAAUUUGACAGGCGAUGUAAUUGAAACGAAUCCCUUCAAUCCCAUGAUUGGGCCCAGCUUCCAGGUACUCGUCAAUACAGGUGCUCGUUUUACACCCUGUAUUCGUCCAGUUCCAAGCUUACCUGCAUCAACAAGUAUCAGUGAUUGCUACAGAAAUCCUACAGAUACUUGCUCCAUUGAAGAGCUGUGUGGAUUUGGCGGAUUCAAGAGUGGAGUUGCCGAUCAAGCGUUUAGAUUAGCGUUGCCCGUCGUCAUGCAUGCAGGUGUGGUCCACUUUUUGCUCAACAUGCUUACUCAUUUGAGAUUGGGAGUCGAUUUAGAACGAGCAUUGGGUACCGUUCGUUAUGUAGUGUUGUAUGCCGCCGCUGGAAUUUAUGGUUUUGUGCUAUCUGCCAUGUUAUCACAGAAUUUAACUGCCUCAACAGGUUGCUCGGGUGCACUGUUUGGGCUGAUUGGCUACAUGUUUAUUGAUGUGCUGGUCAAUUGGAAAGUCCUACCCCACCCGGUCAGGGACUUGAUGAGUCUAUUGAUCUCCACCAUCAUUUCACUCGUUUUAGGUUUGCUACCGGGUCUAGAUAACUUUGCUCACAUUGGUGGAUUUGCAGUUGGUAUUUUCAUGGGAAUGAUGAUUUGUCCUAUGCGACCCAUGGCUUCGAAAAAAGUGAUUGUAUUCACAUGGAUUGUAAGAUGUGUGGCUUUGGCUAUCUUGGUGGUGCUAUUUGCAGUUUCUAUUCGAGAGUUUUACUCAGCCGAGGAUCCAAGCAAAAUUUGUCCCAAUUGUAAAUAUCUUUCUUGUCUACCAGUGAACAACUGGUGUGAUCCUGUUUAA